AUGACAGGAGAAAGCUGGAUAUUCAUUCUUGCAGUUGUCGUUAACGCAGUUAACUUAUUCUCACAAGUGUUCUUCACUAUCAUGUAUUCCGAUUUGGAAUGUGAUUACAUCAAUCCAAUUGAAUUAUGUAAUAAGUUAAAUCCAUGGUUCCUUCCAGAAGCUGGUUUACAUGCAUUCCUUACUAUCUUAUUUUUAAUCAAUGGAUAUUGGUUCCCAUUCUUAUUGAACUUACCAUUGUUUGCUUAUAAUAUCAACAAGUUCAUCAACAAGAAUCAUUUAUUGGAUGCUACCGAAAUCUUUAGAACUUUAUCUAAACAUAAGAAGGAAUCUUUCUUGAAAUUGGGAUUCCACUUGUUGAUGUUCUUCUUCUACUUGUACAGAAUGAUCAUGGCUCUUGUCAAUGACGACAGUUAG